AUGUCCAUUCAAGAUCACUGGGACCAGGAGGAGGAGGAGAUAUAUGCCAAUAAUAGUGUAUUGACCUUGUACCUGCGACCAGAACAGGUCAUGACCUUCAGUAUCGAUCGGGCGGCUUUUGCAACAUGCAUCUUCAUACCCGACCGUUCGGACUACAACUCUUCAUUGGCAUUAGCUUUUUCGAUGCUCGGCAAGAUGAAGGACUGCCAGCAGGAAGGUGGGAAGGUGGUGUCCGUAGCUUAUGAGAUCAACGGUUUUGGAGCGUUUGCCAUUCUCUUAUUUGAUAGAGGGUACCAAAACGUGUAUAAAAAGGCGAAGGAGAGGGCAGAAGAACACCCGGCAUUGCAUGCGGAACCAUGUUUCCAUACUCCAGUCUCGAUGACUCCUGAUACCGCUGCAGUCCCUUCAAAGAAGGCUGCAUUGGCGCCUCUUGGCUUUUCCCAGCAACUAGAAAAGAGCAGGACACACCAGCCUUGA